CUGGCAACACCGACAAGAUUAGUGAGCCACUCUGGCCUGUUGUAACUUUUGUUUGGGGCCUGACGAGUCAUCUUUCUAGAAUAAUUUGCCCACCACAGGUUGCAUAAAACUAAUGUACGCCACUUUAAAGGUUGGAUAUGAACUCAUGGUGGGUCCCUUCUUUGAGUGUUACUGCGACCGACACAACAGCUGUUCUCAUCGGAGUUGCGGUCUUUAUUAUCGUGCGUUGGCUCUGCAGGCGACCGGCCAAUCUCCCCCCUGGACCGCUGGCCUUGCCGCUGGUCGGCAGCCUGCCGUCCCUACUCUUCUACAGCGGCGCUCCGCACGAGAUAUUCCACAGAUUGUCCCAGAGGUACGGACCAGUCGUCAACAUUGAUCUGAUCUUUGGCAGACGCGUGGUUGUACUGCACGGCUAUGAUGUGAUUAAAGAUGCAUUUCGCCAUUACCCACAGCUCAAUGGUCGCCCGUCAUUAUCGGUGUUUGAGAAAGUGUUGAAAGGUGGUGUCGGUGUUGUGGGAGCCUCAGGGGAUCUUUGGAGAGCGCAGCGCAGGAUAACGCUGCACUUCAUGCGUGACUUUGGACUGAACAAGCCGCAUUUUGAAGACAGGAUUUCAACCGAGGCACGACACCUGCUGGAGGCAAUACGAGCCCACAGAGGGUGCCCUUUCAAUCCGUCUCACAUUCUGUCCAGUGCCUUAGCCAACGUCAUUUGCUUGGUCGUGUUUGGGUCCCGGUAUGAGUACACCGAUCCACGGUUUGUAGAGCUCCUGCGAGCCAUCUAUCGGAAUCUUGAACUCAUGGGCGGUGCCACUGGGGCGAUACUGUUUAUGCCUUACUCUCACCUUUUGGCCAAGUUUGUACCAGUGGUUAGAGAGUGCCUGGACAACACACAGUACGUCUGCGAUUUCAGCCGGGCUGCGCUGGAGGACCAUCGGGAGGACUUUGAUCCCGGCAACCUCAGGGAUUUCAUGGAUGUCAUUAUCAGGGAGAUGACUUGCACCAAGUCCGGAGUGACAGUGAACGACCUGCACGGCACCACAGCGGAUCUUUUCGCUGCGGGCACCGAGACUUCAGCCGUGACGUUACAGUGGGCUUUGCUCUACAUGGUAGCCUGUCCGCAGGUCCAGGCCCGAGUUCAGCAGGAGCUUGACCGAGUCGUGGGCCGCAGUCGCUUCCCCAGGCUGUCGGACCGGAACAGGCUGCCCUACGCAGUUGCCACCCUCCAAGAGGUCCAACGGAUUGGUAACAUCAUUCCACUGGGCGUCCCACACGAGGCUUCCGGUGAUGUGACCUUCAGGCAGCACCACAUCCCAAAGGGGACCCUCGUCUUACCCAAUUUAUGGGCCCUGGGAACUGAUCCAACACUGUGGCCCGAGCCUCAUGUGUUUAAUCCAGAUCGCUUUUUGGAUGAACAUCAUGAGGUGCUUAAGCCAGAUGAGUUGUUGCCUUUCUGUAUAGGGCGCCGUUCCUGUGUAGGCGAGCAGCUUGCCAAGAUGGAGCUUUUCCUUUUCUUCACCCACCUCCUUCAUCGCUUCACUUUCGAGAAGCCCGAGGGCUCACCAGCCCUGUCCUUCCGAGGGGUUGGGGGUAUAAGCUUGUCUCCUCAGCCUUUUGAAAUCUGUGCCAUUCCACGAAGAUAGUUCAUCUUUGUGUUUAGCAGGACCACCUGUACCAAUUUUGGUGGUUAUUUUUAUGGCAGAUGGGAUGCUGAGGUGUUUUUUUCAGGGGGGUAAUGUUGAAAGUGAACAAAACUUUUUUUUGUUCAAUUCAGAAGUUUAAGUUUAAUUUCCACUUAUCAUUAUUUGAUUUUCCUUUUUGUUAUUUUUCAUAUUUCAGAGAGGAUCUAGUCUUCAUAGCUUCAGCCCCUUCUCCCUUCCCAUCCCAUCCCAAGAAAUUUAAGAAUAAUGCAAGUGAAAAAUUCAUGUAAUACAUUUUCACCAGUUCCUGAAAUAACACUUGAACACAACUCUCAGGAAUGUUGAAAUAUUAAGUCUUUCACAUAAGGUUAAAUAAGUCGUCCCUUUGGCUUACCAUUUAUGAAAAGUGUGUAUAUACUCUGGGUAUUAUAAGUUACCUUUAGAAAUUUAAAGUAUCUGCUUUAUUGUUAUCAACACUGGUGACUCUGAACCAACGUGUGAAAAUGUUAUGAUUUGAUUGAGUAUUUAUCUAUGUCUUGCUCGCUUGUAUCAUAUCACUUUGUCUUUGAAGGUUAUGCAGGAGAAGAAUGAAUGCAUUUAAGGACCAAAUACGUUUCAGUGAAAUAGCUUUUAAAAUUGAACUUUCUUUUUGUAAUAUACCUCGUGUUGGAUGUAUCAACUCGCUGGGAAUAAAAGGAGAAAGUAUUUUUCAGCGGUAUCAGUUUUGAAAUAAAAUAUACAGUACUAUCGUUCCUGCGUAACUCGCGUGUGUGUGGUCA